AUCGCUAGAGAUAAGUUGGAUUUUUCGCUGCGCGUUGUUUGACCGAGUCGAACGGUAGAGCCUUGUGUACAACGAAGCGUCGGUUCUGUCGCGCGGCUGGAUUGUCGUUGUUGUUGUUUUUUCUGUUUGGUCUUCUCUUCGCCACGGAUUAGAAAGACGGUGAGGUUGUUGAUUUCGUCGUGUGUUGACUUAAACCCAGGACGUGCUCGAGCACAAAACUGAAGCAAAAGCAUAAUUGCACAACGUUAUCGAAUUAUUUGUGGGUUGGUGUGGUUAUUGAAAAGUGCUGGGAAGAAGCCAUUGAUUGAUGGAUUUGGCUGCAGUGUCCAGGUGUGACUAAACCGAUUACGGAUUACGUCCAACACGAACGGAAAUCGGUGUGGUGAUAAGCGAUGAAGUAAUUUUUGUAAUGGCAAUGGUGAGGCCUUCGUCAGUUGAAAAUGUGAUAAGCUUACCCUUUGCAAAAGAGUUAAGCUAGGAAAAGUGAUCCACCGAGUCAAUAUUUGGAGUGUUUAAUUUUUUUCGGAGAAAAAAGAAAUAGUGGAAACAAUUGUGCCGGUGAAAAAAAGAUAGAAGUCGUGAAAACGUAGGCAAAAUUUCUGGUUUUAUCAGUUUGGGGCAAAUAUUAUACCACAGACCACAGAGGAACCGGCGAAGAAAACAAACCGUGGAGUGCUGUUUGCUCGAAAAACUUCCUGUCGCUGGCUUAUCAAGGUGCAACCGUGUGCAGUGCGUAAGCUCUGCCCUCGAGAAUGAGUGAAGUACGAUAGUGCAUUCGGCUAGUGUAAAGUGUAAUUUCAAGCGUAAAAUCGAUUGUGAAAAGCAAAAAUAGAAGAAAUUAAAUCAGUUCCCCAUUACCCGCGACAAGUUCAAAAUCAAAAUGCAUUCAACCAAAGUGAUACCGCGGCUAGUGCUGCUAGCGCUUUUCUGCCUUCCAUUCGCCAGUGGGGCCCACUGGGACCACGCGGUCGAUCUGGACGAAAACUACCGGCUGCUGUGGAGCAUCAACAAUCAGGAUAUUACCUUCGAGGUACAGGCGCGGACCCUCGGCUACGUCGGCCUGGGCUUCUCGACGGACGGUUCGAUCUACGGGGCCGACAUCGUGAUCGGUUGGGUCGAUAACGGACAGGUUCACUUCCAGGACCGUCACUUCAAGAUGAACAGCAAUGGCGAACCGCAUGUGGAUCCCUCGCAGGAUUACAUCUUGCUGCUAGGCUACGAGAACGCCACCCAUACGGUGCUCCGGUUUCGGCGUAAAUUGGAUACCUGCGAUACCAACCAGGAUGUUCCCAUCACGAACGACACCAUCCGCAUCAUCUACAUGUACCACAACCGGGACCCGAAGAAUGGGGCGCAAGCCAUCGGGACACUGCCGGAUCCGAACGAGGCAUUCAAGGAUUCGGUGCCGAUUUUCCUCACCCAGCGCGUCAACCAGGUUCCGAUCGAGCUGGACUCGCGAACCCGCAUUCUGGAGCUGCGAAACCAGGAUGUCGAGAUACCGAUGGGGGACGAUAACCUGCGCUGGUGCAAGAUGUUCAAGCUGGACCAGUUCGUGCGGAAGCAGCACAUGAUACGGUACGAACCGGUGAUCGAAUCGCGCUCGAAUCUGCCAUUCAUGAAGCACAUCGUCCUGUACGAGUGCCAGGGCUCGACGCCGGAGCUGGAGAUCAUGUCCCGCGAGAAUGGCCGCUCGUGCAUCAAGUCCGAGAAGGAACUGCUGACCUGCAACUCGAUUGUGGCCGCCUGGUCUCGUGGCUCGGAGGGUUUCACCUUCCCGCUCGAGGCCGGCUACCCUCUGGACUCGUACCAGGCCCGUUUCUACAUGAUGGAAACGCACUACAUGGGCUUCCAGAGUAACUCGAUCGACAUGCGCCCCCGGAUGGACAACUCCGGUCUACGACUAUACUACACGACCGUCCUGCGCAAGCACGACGCCGGAGUCCUAUCGGUAGGAAUCCAACCGAACUGGCGCCACAUCAUCCCACCCGGCCAAGAGCGAGUCGUAUCCGAAGGCCACUGCAUCGAAGAAUGCACUCAGCGAGCGUUCCCCCGACCAGGAAUUAACAUCUUCGCAGUGAUGAUGCAAACCAGCCACAUGGGUAAACAGAUCCGGCUGCGUCAGGUUCGGUACCGCGAGGAACUGCCCCCGAUCGCGCACGAUCUCAACGUUGACUCCAACUAUCAGGAAUUCCGUCGACUUCACAGCCCAGUCAAAGCACUGCCCGGCGAUCGACUAAUUGCGGAAUGUUCCUACGAUAGUACUUCCCGGAAAACCAUAGCUCUGGGCGGAUACACCUCUCGCGAUGAAACCUGCCUGGUGCUCAGCUUGUACUACCCCCGCCAAAAGGAGCUCACAUCCUGCCACUCGAUCCCUAGUCUGCCGACGGUGCUACAUGCCGUCGGCAUCAACGAGCUGGCAUCGGGAGCCAACCCCAUUCGGAUAGCUUCACCGCCGGAAAUCGCCGGUAUGACCCUCGAGGAACGAUUGCUUUCCUACGACUGGAGAGUAAACUUCAAUGCGUUCCAGUAUGUGAUACGAAAAGGUGCCUUUAAACCACUCUGCUGGAGUGCCCGAAACACUCCCAUUCCGGGCACGGAUAACAUGGACGCAUACGCACCAAAUCUGACACGCAUUUGGCGUCCAACGCCAACGUGCGGCGCAGCGGCCAUCGGCUCUGGCGGCAGUGGCUUCAACAGUGUGAACCGCUUCGUGACGGAGCGGGAAACGAACGCGCCCAGCUGGACCCUGCUGGAGGACGACAGCAACAAUGUGAUCGAGGGAGCGGCCCGAAGCAAAUCGAUCCGCAGCUCGUCCGGGGCGGUGAUGCUCAGCUCCGGUCAGGUCAUCUCCAAGGUGGCACUGUUUGUGAUCUUCAUCAACACGGUCAGGUUAGCGGCGGGGGUGCUGUAGGGGAUCCGGUGCUGAUGAACGGGGUGUCCGCCUCGGGGUGGAGAGACCAUAGAAACACAAGACUGUGCAUAUAGGGUAGGGAACAAUUGGGCGGGGAAAGCAGCAAAAGCAAAGAAAUGAACAUUUUAUCGUAGGAUUUUGUACAGGCUAUUAGCGUUUAGGAGGCAGCCAGGUAGAAGAUUUGUUCAGUUUAAGGAAAUCACUAGUCAUUUGAGCUGAUUACGUUGCAUAGUAUUUAACUGUGAGACGAAGGAUCGGAAAAUGGAGGAGAAUAUUUGGAAGAAAAAUAUUUGGAAACUGAAGGAAAAGAAAAUAGAAACACUAGUAAUAGAGAUGCAAGCGAUGAUGGUUGAAGCGCUCGAUUUUUAUACCAUUUUUAAUACACUCUGCGCCAGUUGUUUACAAUUGUACACUCUGUAAGUAGGAUAGAAGAUGCAAUCUUUGUAUUAUUUUUGUACAUAAAAAUAGGACUAAUAAUAAAUUGAAAAAUUAAACUAA